CGUCAUCGCGUUACCUCAAAAAACGCUUCGAAACUCGCACUCUCGGCACUAUCGGCGAUUUGAAUUUCAAUGUUAUGUUAUGUUUUUUUGUUUCGCUGUGAGAACGUAGUAACUUCCAGCGAAUUUUCGCCAUUGAAUCGAAAUUGAUUUUCGAGUGUGUCGCCCGUUUUUUUGGGGCAUUCAAAUGAGUUUUUUGGAGCGGCAUUACGUCUCUGAUUACCCCACUCCAGUUUCGGUUUCUGCCUCUGCUUCGUUGUGUCGUGUUGCCCCAAAAAAAAAAUACAAAAAUAAGGAGCAGUAGCCAGUGCUGAAUACAAAUUAAAAAAUUAUCUACUUCCGACCAAAGUGAUGAAUGGGAAUGUCGGCUUAAUCUAAAGAAUAGCUGCAGAGCUGCCAAAGAAGUUCAAGUUUAUGAGAGCAGAAAGCAGAACGAAAUAUUCUGUGUGCAAAUUGCUUUAAAAAUAUUCUAAAUUUAAUUACAAUGUGCGUGACAAGUUGUUAGAUAAAUUCUACCUUUGAUGUGUUACUUUCUAUGAUCUAAUCGAUGAACAGCAGCUAUAAGCCACGCAGCAGCGACGAGGCACUCGCCGAGCAGUUGAGUCUGGCCCGGAGCACCGGAAGUGGCAGCAAGCCCCUAAGCGGCGGCACGCCCAUCUAUCGCCAGAUAUCUGGCGCCAUGGCAACCCUGCCACGCCAUGACACCGAGUCCUCCAUCUCCCGAACCUGCGUCUACAUUGGCGGUGCAGCAAAUCCGAAUCCCACACCAGUCUCCGCCACUUUGGAUCGCCGCCAGCCGCACCGCAUGUCCUGGCUGAAUAUGCGCAGGGCCAAGGCCGAUGCAGAGCUGGCCGCCAUCACACCCUCGCCGCAGACCACACGCAGCUGCAUCUCCACCGUGUCCAGUGUGGUGGACAGCGGCGGGGGACGCACCACCGCCACCUCGGGUCGCAUCAGCUCCAGCGGCAUUGUCACACUCAGCGGCAGCAACAACACGCUGAGCGAGAUACAUGGCGGCUACCACGAUCACGAUGUGCACCACGAUCUGCAUCACGAUGGAGUGUCCAAGAACUACUCUGUCUCCGGAGUGCACAACAUCACAACGGCCAGCAAUGCCAAGCUGCUGCCAGCCGCCGAGGAUGAGGCCAACAAGCAGACGAAAUGCUCCGUGUUCCGUGGCCUUGUGCUCUGUUUGUGCCUCAAUGUGAGCUUCGCGAAUGUUGUGCGCUUCCCACGCGAGCUGGACCGCUAUGGAUCGGCGUAUCUGGUGCCGUAUGUGGUUUUGCUGUUUCUAGUCGGGCUGCCCAUGAUGCUGCUGGAGAUAUCUGUGGGUCAGUUUCUGGGCCAGGGAGCGGCGCACACUUGGCGCGCCUCGCCCAUAUUCAAAGGCGCCUGCAUCGUGAGUCGCUUCGCCUCGUGGUUGUCUGCCAUUUGGGUGUCCCUGCAGGCCGUGCUGGCAUUGGCCUACAUCGGGAUGUUCGCCUCCAAUGCGCUGCCAUUUCGGGAGUGUGCCGGACCCGUCAAGCUGAGAACGACUGGCUAUCUGGUGACGGGCACCAGCGGGCAGGAGUGCCUGCAGCUGACAUUUCUGACGCCCUUUUGGCGUAAUCCGCUGUACUUUGGCCUACUGGCAGCCGGCCUAAUUGGUCUCUGGAUUGUGGUAAUGCUGUGCACCCACAAUGCCAAGAUACUGCGUCGCAGCCUCUUCGUCUACGGGCUGAGUGGAUUGGUCCUGCUCUGCGCUCUGACCGGUUGGGAGGUGCGCAACUCCUUCAGUCGCCACUACUUCCCAGAGCUGUGGGGCUUCGAUCCUACGCUGCUGCUGGAGAGCAACAUCUGGUUCAAUGCCCUGAUGCAGGUCCUCUUUGCACUCAACUGCGGCUUUGGCGCCCUGCCCAUGGUCACGGGCAAGUUCCUGUACAAGGGAGACGCAGUGCGCACCUCCGUGGUGUACCUCUGCUUCAACCUGCUGAUCAAUGCCAUCGCCGUGACGCUGUUCAUGGUGCAGUUUGAUCUCUCGGCGAACGGCUACCAGUUGAUGGAGGAGCUCAAGCCGCUGACGGCCAUCUACGAUCGUGUGCUGAACGGCUCCCGGGAGGGAGAGAGCGAUGUGCUGCAGCACCUCGUGCCCGCCCUCAUCUACGCGCUGAUCAUCCUCUCGGCCAUGGUGUCCAUCACGGUGGCCGUGUACACGUCAACGCGCCUCGUGCCGCGUCGUCCCAACUACGUCAUCUGUCUGAUCGCGCUCGUUGUGGCCGUCAUGUCCUUCGCGGCGCCCAAGUUCAUCAUUGCUCGGGUGCUGGACUCUCGUCUCGUGGGCACCAUGGUCGUGACAGCGCUGGUCUUUGAGCUGAUUGCCAUAACGUGGAUCUACGGAGCGAAGAAUAUCUACACGGACUUGGAGUUCUCCAUCGGUAGGCCCAUCUUCAAGGUGUGGAUGCUCCUCUGGGUCACAUGUCCCGCUGUGCUCACGGGGAUCCUUGUGUGGUGGUGCGCCGACGAUGAUCAGUACGAUCUGCUGGCGGAGUAUCUGCCACGCUGGGCGCCCAUACUGUUCGUGCUGGGAGUGAUCCUCAUCAUUGCCUGCAUCCAGAUCUUCCGCCAGGUGGAGUACAACUUCUUUGGCAUGAUCUGCGAGGCCUCCAAGCCGGCCAAGGAGUGGGGACCCGCUGAUCCGCUGGCCCGCCACUCCUGGAAGCAGUGGCGCUCCGUCUGUCAGGACACGGGAAGGCGGGACUUUACGCUACGCCGACGCGGCACUCGCGAUUACACGCACUCCAUCAAGAAGGGUCAGUACUCGAGUGCGCAGAAGUAUGGCGUCCAGAACGGCAGCCAGACACAGACGCCGAUGCAGCAGCAGACCCACUGGAAGUCCUCAACGCCGGGCAACAGUUCGCCCAACUACAGCGGCUCCAUGUUCGGGGACUCGGCCAUCGAGGAGGACAUCAGCGUGGACAAGUAUCCGGGCAUCACGCAGCAGCAGCAGCAGCAGCAGCAGCAGCAGUUGCAGCUGCACCUCCAGCAGAUGCAUGCGACGGGUGCUGCUGGCGAAACCGCCUACUUAUUGGAGCGUGCCGAUCACGGCCCACCCGCCCCGGCGCACAUCUACGGAACAUGGCGCACGAAAGCGAGACGAGCACCGCCUGAGCACGCCAUCUCGGGGAACGAUGUUGACGAUGGACAUGUCUAUGAGCGGCUGCCCAAGCGAUCAGCCACCAUGACACCUCUGCGUGGCUUGCUGCGUGAUCAGAUGCCACGUCCGCCACGACUCGCCACCCAGGACACGCACAAGCCGCAGGUGUCUGGCGGCUCUCCACUGCCGCCGCCCACAACGACGCUGCUGAGGCGCCACUACUCCGAGACGCCGGGCACUCUGGCCAGGCGGGAGGACUUUAAGCCGAAACCAUUUCACUUUCCCUACGAUGGUCCGCUGCCCGAGCAGUUCACCAAGGGCGAGGCGGAGCGGGAGCAGCGUCCGCGGCCGGAGCUGAACAACAUUCAGGACAUACUGCAGCAUCUGCACAUCAAUGGGCUGGGUCCCAGCAAGCUGCCACCGAUGGUGAUGAUGCCCACGGGCCUGCACAUAGCUGGAAGCUUCAAGAACCUAAAGAGCAGCGGCAUUGGGAACUUCUUCCGCGGCAAGCGGAACAAGAAGCAGAUGCAGUUCAGCAUCCCCUUGCCCAUGUCCAUGGGUCACAUGCCAAUGCCCAUGUCCAUGGCGAUGUCCAUGCCGAUGUCCAUGCCGAUGUCCAUGCCCAUGCCAAUGCCCAUGCAGUGGUACGGUCCCGGAGUGAUGCCCCAUCAGCGCGUGGCCAUUGAUCAGCUGUAUCCGUUCAAGCCACGCUCGCCGCAGGACAUCAAUAUGCUGGCCAUGCAGCAGCAGCAGCUGGCACCCAGCAAGAAUGUGUCCAAAAAGAAGAAUAAGAAAAAGCAGCAGCAGCAACAGCAACCACAACAGUUGGCUCAGACUAAUCAAAACUUGUUGCUGGAGCACGGCAGCCAGCAGCACUAUGUGGCCGAUCCUUUUGGCCAGCACUUGCCACAGCCAGUUCUGUCCCUGAAUGCCACACGACAGCCGCAGCAGCACAAGCGCAUUCCCUUCAAGCUCAAUCUUGACAUUUAUCCCGUGAUGCCACCAUCGAGACCCGCCUCCAUGCUGCGCAAUCCUUUCCAGCCAGAGUACGCAAUGCCUUCACCGGCAGCAUUGACUGGAACGACAGCUGCCGCUUAUCAGCAUCUGGGGCAUGGCAUCUACCAGACGCCAUUCAAAUUUCCCACCCAAGCGCCUCACCACGGCCACAUGCAGAUCAACUUUCCCGACCAAGCGGGGCGCUUCAGCCAGCAGCAGGCGCUAUAUCAGUCGCAGGCACUCAAGUUUCCUCCUCCAAAAAGCGUGCAUCCCGAUGAGGCCAUCUAUGGCAAUGCUCCGGUAUAUGGACAAGGACAAAAUCAGGGACAGACUCAUUGGCAGGGCCACAGCCAGGGCUAUGCGCAAGGACAGGGUUUGGCACACGUGCAGGCACUGGGACAAGUGCAGGGACAGGGACAAACGUUGGAGUCGCAGACGAUAGAGUCACAGACGAGUCCCAUUAUGCUCCAUCUGAAUGUGUUUCCCAAGCAAAAGCCCACGGCAACAAUACGCGCAUCCACGAAUCCAUUCUACAACCACAACUUGCAUCGGAACACGAUCAACUCGAGUGAUUUGCCGCCACCCAAUCCCCCGAGCCCCAUAGAGCCGCGUCAGGCAGGCAAUGGCUCUGCAACACCAGCAGUUGCUCAUCCGCAACAUCAUAAUCAUCAGCAGCAACAGCAACAGCAGACGUCACAGCAGAUAUCUCUCAAUCAAACGGAGCAACAGCAGCAGCAACCGCAAGUGAAUCGCUCCAGUUCCAUCUCACGCAGCGACCAUCUGCCCCUCAUCGACUUUGAGCAUCCGAUUGUGGCAGCUGAGAUGCCAGAGGCAGCCUCUCUGGCCAGCUUCCGGACCGAUCAUCGCCACCACAGGCCACAGACGCAUCAGCAACAUCAUCAUCAUCAUCCAGUGGAUGAACACUUUCGCUAUCAGAAGAGCGCCAAUAUCGAGCAACUGGCUGCAGAGGCACAGACAGCAUCGCUCUUUCGCUUUCCCGUUGAGGAUCUGAUACAAUUCCACGUGGAUGAUGCCCUCUAACUCUAAAUAGUAGCUGUA